UGUUCAGUCUUCUGACCUGUUCCACCUACACAGGGCAUUUUAUAGCUUAAGGAUGAUGGCUUAGGAAGGAAGGGAGAGAUUUACUUUGGAUUAAAUUCAAUAUGGGAAAAUGCUUAAGCCGCAGCAAACAGGACCAGAGCGUGCAACCAGAUUAUCCUGCAGUUCCAGUUACUUCGGACCCCCUGCAGCAUGGAGCCUCUUCUUUCACUCAUCGAACUCUAUCUCUUGAUCCUAAAAGAGCUCAUCUGUCUGAAAUAUGUAAUGUCAGUUCACGUAGUGAAAGUAAAAAUUUACCUUCUUCAUCAAAUUUAUCUACUCACUCAUAUUUCUCACGAAGAAGACAUUAUUUACUUGCUAAACUUCAGAAAAGCUGUAUUUUCCCCAACCAUCAACACAGUAGAGCUAACUUUGAUUCUCAAGAACAAAGAAUCUUCAGUGAUUUAAAAUCAGACCAUCUUGGCCUUAGAUUCCAAAGUUUUUUCUCUGCCCCUAAACUAAGUGUAAUUUCCUGUUAUGAGAAAGCUAGUUUUUUUGAUCUUCAAUCAAGUGGUCGUAGCAUCUGUAUUCAUCAUAAUACAGAUGAAAUUGAAAUGGUUUGUAAAAACUCAAGUAUUACUGGUGCUGAAAAAUAUCUAAGCUCUUGUUCUCCUGAAUAUAACAUUACACAUUUUAUGAGUUUUGGAACAAAAGCUAAUCCUUCAACCUAUCCACACACCGUUGGUGGAAACACCUGUCAACACAGCACAGCAACCUUGGUUUCUCUUGCAACUGUUCUCUCCUAUACCUGUCAACAAAACGAAACUGCAACUGAUAUUGAAGAAAGAGGCCAAUCAAGGUAUAUUACAGCUAAUACUGACACAGAAGAACAGAGUUUUCCAGUCCCUAAGGCAUUUAACACACACAUAGAGGAAUUAAAUUUAGAUGUCCUUCUUCAGAAGGCUGAUAAUUUACGUAUGAAUGAAUGUAGCAAGAUGGAGAGUUUUGAACUACUUUGUGAUCACAAAGAAAAGUUUAGAGAUGAAAUAGAGUUUAUUUGGCGGUUAGCUCGUGCUUAUGGAGACAUGUAUGAGCUAUCUACUAACGCACAAGAAAAGAAACAUUAUGCUAAUAUCGGGAAGACGUUAGGGGAAAGAGCAAUCACUACAGCACCCACAAAUGGAUAUUGUCAUCUGUGGUAUGCGGUUUUGUGUGGCUAUGUAUCUGAGUUUGAGGGCUUACAAAACAAAAUCAACUAUGGACAUCGCUUCAAGGAACAUCUAGAUAAAGCAAUCCAAUUUUUACCUGAAGAACCCUUUUUGUAUUACCUCAAAGGAAGAUACUGUUAUACUGUCUCGAAACUGAGCUGGAUUGAGAAAAAAAUGGCUGCUACUCUGUUUGGAAAAAUACCAUCCUCAACUGUAGAAGAAGCUUUGCAAAAUUUCCUUAAGAUCUCGAACGGAAGCCCUGGGUUGAAUCCUAGUUUUGGCGUGUCCAGACUGCUUCCCAGAGCAACUGGUUAUGCCCUAGGUCCUAGGUGCACAGCCCUUGCUACCAAAUCCAAGAGCAGCCCUCCAGGUCGUGUUGAAGAACUACACCCUGGCUUUUCUAAGUCCAAUUACUUGUUCUUGGCCAAGUGUUACAUCGAUCUUGAACAAACAGAUGACGCUAUGAAGUUUUGUAAUUUGGCCGUGUUGCUUCCUUGUGUUACCAAAGAGGGAGCUCUAAGCUCAUCACACUGCACUUGUUAUUGAGAGUAUCAGCCCUUGGGCUCUGGGGCCUAGAUUCAUGCAUGUGAACAACUUUACAUUCCCGGAAUUUGAAACUACAGUGUUUUACGGAGAGAAAGUGUGCUGUCUCAGCAGAAAGGUUUGGAUAGUUUGAAUCUGGGGAAGAAAGGAAUAACCUGAACUCAGAACCAUAACCCAAGUCCUCAGAAGAUGACAUUUACACAAAUAUGGCCAAUAUAUUGAGUGCUUGAAACAUAAUGAAGACUUCAGAAUUAAUCAGAUAGCUGUGCAGUUGACAUGCUGUGAAGGAAAAAACUUAUAUGCAGGCAAGUAUCAUACCAUGUGAGUAUAACUCAUGUGGCAAAGUCUUCAACUGGAGAUUAUCACUGAAGGGUCAGCAUAGAAUUCAUAUGUAAAAAAAUGAAUUGAUGGAUGGAUGUAGGCAGACAUUUAGCAGCCUCCUCUCUCCUCCUUAGUAGCAGAGAUUUCACACUGGAGAGGAGCUCUUUUGAAUAUAAUGAGAAUGGGGAAAUAGCCACAGCUCAACUGACUCAGUCUGUGGUAGUGGAGAGAAUCCCUACAAAUGUAACGAAUGUGGCAAACUCUUCAGCCAGAAAGCUAACUUUUGUUUAUUUGAGAGAAUUCACACAGAAGAACCCUUUGCUUGUAAUCAGUGUGGAAAUGCCUCCAGUAACAACUUAUCCUUUAAACAGCAUGAGUGAAUUCACACUGCAGAGAAACUAUAUGAAUGUCAUCUAUGUGGUAAAGCCCUUAGCUGAUGCUCUAACCUUAGCCAUCAUGAGAACACACACUGGAGAGAAACCCUAUACAUUAAUGAAUGUAGAAGAACCUUCAGCCUCAGCUUUAACCUUUACUCAAGAGUUCCCACAGGGGAGGCACCCUACAGCCUUCAGCCAAAGCUCAAGCCUUGGAAGGCACAGAACACUGAGCAAAACAAGAAGGAGAACAGCAAGUCUCUACUAGGAGGAGGAAGCCAUUUGAGAAAUACCAGAUAAUUCUAGUUAGAGAAGCAAUCCAAUGAAAUAAAUAGGAGAAACCCUUUUGUCACAGAGUAACAUUCCAGGACAUGUGAGGUUUCUCACUGUAUUAAACACUCUCAGUGUCAUGAAUGAAGGAAAGUCUUCAGUGACCAGGCAUACCUUAGUCAGCCUUCAAGUUCUCACACUGGGGAGUCUCUCAGGCUUCAAGUCCAAGUAGAAAUGCCUUUAUCUGCAGCUUAUUGAAGAAAACUCAGACUGGAGAACAAAACUAUCAAGAACCCUUAGAAUACAAGUCAACAUAUAAUUUAGACUUUUGGCAAAUGACAUGGCACUGAAAAUAAUGUAGUGUAAAAAUGCAGAACUGUAAUGCAUUCUUGGAAAUGUAGAAUGCAGAAUUUGGUAAAAUGUAAUAGGC